AUGAAAUUUUUUGGUGUAUUGUUAAUGGUAAUGGCUAUCAUUUUUCAAGUUUUUGGCACGCCGACUCCCAGUCUUAGUGGAGUAGAGAAUAUAGAAGAUCAUAGCCGGGCAAAGAGAUUGGCUUGUGACAUUCUCAACCCCAUUCAAGUGUUGGAUUUAAACGUGGGUGAAGCACUUUGUGCCAAUUUGUGCAAGCUGCAAGGGAAGGCGGGAGGCGGAUGCACUCCGGACAAGAACUGCGAAUGCAACUGA